GCUGCAACGUCUGCUGUGUUCAGAGCAGGACUGGGUCCUCUAACAGACUUCGCAACGGAGAAUUAAAGUUUUGGAGGAGCGACUUUUGAGAGAGUUUAUGAAGUUUGGAGGCGUAGCGCAGCGAUGUGAUGUAAUGUGAUCUGCCGGUUUUGAAAACAUUAAAGUGAAAAUCUCCGGCGGUCAAGAGAAGGACAGUCACAAGGUUGGCAGACUGGCACACUGGCACAGAUGGCAGAGGUGAUGGAGAGUGUAUCCACGGCAGCAGUGCCAAACAGCAGUGUGGACUGGCAGAAGAGAUGCAUCGCUCUGGAGACGCAGCUCAUGAGGUUUCGUCUGCAAGCGGGAAAUAUCCGCCACCUACUUGCCGAGAGGAUGCAGGAGCUGGAACAGAGAGUCAUAGAGGCUGACCAGAGAGCAGAGAGCGCCGAAAAGCAGGUCCAUAUUAUGGAGGAGAAACUGAAGUCUGCGAACAUGCAGCCUAGCGAAACAGAAAACUCACUGUACAGGAGCUAUCAAGAGCUGAGCAAUCAAAUCCAGGAGAAAGACCUGAUCGUAAAGAGACUGGAAGGACAGCUGGAGAAACAGAACUUGGUUCGAGCCCAAGAGGCCAAGAUUAUUGAAGAGAAGGCUGCCAAAAUAAAGGACUGGGUCACGUUUAAGUUACGAGAGAUGGAAACAGAGAACCAACAGUUGAAGAAGGCCAACCUGAAGCAAACUGAGCAGAUCCUGAUGCUACAAGACAAGCUUCAGACUCUUCUGGAGAGGCCCAUGUCUCCUGCGGUGGACACUCACCUAGUCCCCUCCAGUCCACUCCACCCUCCAAGCUGCCCUGGUACACCCCCUGCACAGGAAGACUGCUGGAGACUGACAGGUUGUCGCUUGAACAGCUCUGCAGAUAGCAAAAGGAAAAUCACAGAGGGCUGUGAUUCUGCGUUUCACAGUGCGUCUUUACUUCCCAUGUUACAAGACAAAGCAGACUCUCCUAAAUCUAGUCAAGAUGGAGUAGACGCCACAAGCACAGUUAAGGAGAGUGCAGAGGGGGUGGAGCCUUCUUUUGGAGUGAUGCGUGACAGGGCAAUGGGUGGUGCCUCAGACAGAGACCACUCCUCUGAUGAACUCAACAGCAAAUUUCGCUCCCAGUGCCUCCGUUCUUCCUCCUCAUCCUCUUCCUCCUCCUCUUCAGCAUAUGAAACUCCCGGUCCUGGUGGCUUUGAUACUCCAACCCCGACUCCUAAAAGCCCCCCGCCUGUGUCCCUCUCACCUCCAUUAAUACGCCUCCCUCUGUCGUGCCCCUUCCCUCUGGCCUUACCCCUGGGCACCAGCAUGACCCUGCCCAAAGUUCGCACUCCUCUAACACCCCGGGACAGUAUUCAGCUUGUGAAGAAGCAUCAUAGUCAGCCACAGCCCGGUUUAGAGCGCCUCCAUCAGGUCAACGUCAGCAUUGACAUUGGAAACUGCGGGUCUCCAUCGUGCCACAGUCUCGUCCCGGGUUCAGCUCCCUCACAUGGGCUCGAAGAGACAGACAUUGAUGAAGGAACUCCCGAAAGCAUGGAGGUUGUUGUGGAGGGGUCUGAGAUUACAGAAGCUCAGCCCAUUGUUGGAGACUUGCUUGAUGGGUUGACCAAGGAGCUUGAGAUGAUGGACCCAGAAGCUCUUAAACCACCUACACCACCUCUGCACCGAUUCCCCUCUUGGGAGAGCCGGAUCUAUGCUGUGGCUAAAUUAGGAAUGAGAGUCUCAGAAGCGUGUCUUGGAGCCAAGACUAUUGGUAGAGUAUCCACCCAACCUCAGCACUCAACAACCGGCCCCUUCACUCACCUCAUAUACAAGAACAUCAGUGUGCCUGUGUACUCCACACUUAAAGGGAAAGCGACUCAGAUCAGCAGUGUUCCUCUCCCCGAUGAUGACUCUGGUUCAGAAGACGACAGCAGCUCAUUGGCUAGCCUGCACACGUCCACGCUGGGGCCGGAUAAGAAGGGCAGCACCCCUGGUAGUCCCCGUGCUGUCAAAAGAGGUGUAUCCAUGUCCUCUAUCAGUUCAGAGAGUGAUUAUGCCAUUCCUCCGGAUGCGUAUUCAUUGGAUAGUGACUGCUCUGAGCCUGAACACAAGGUGCAACGAACCUCCUCCUACUCCUGUGAGAGUGUCGGCCCGGAGACACUAGAAAAGACAGGUUACCUGCUGAAAAUGGGCAGCCAGGUGAAGGCAUGGAAGAGACGCUGGUUCAUCCUGAGGAAUGGCGAGAUCUUGUACUAUAAGUCGCCGAGUGACGUGAUCCGGAAACCUCAGGGCCAAAUGGAGCUCAACUCCUCGUGUCAUAUUGCCCGCGGAGAGGGAGCGCAGACAUUCCAGUUAAUUACAGAGAAGAAGACCUUUUACUUGGCUGCAGACUCCCCAAAUAUCCUGGAGGACUGGAUCAGAGUUCUCCAGAAUGUUCUCAAGGUCCAGGCCAGUGGACCAAUUUCCAUGGAUAAAGAAGUCAAGCCUACAGCGCGAGGCUGGUUAACAAAGGUGAAACAUGGUCAUUCAAAGCUUGUGUGGUGUGCCUUAAUUGGGAAAGUCUUUUACUACUACCGAAACCAAGAAGACAAGUUUCCACUAGGUCAGCUGCGUGUUCGAGAAGCACGGGUAGAAGAAGUGGACAGGUCAUGUGACUCUGAUGAGGAUUAUGAAGCGGGUGGGCGGGGUUUCCUCUCCUCUCACUUCACAUUAGUGGUUCAUCCCAAAGAGCAAAGCCCCACCUACCUUCUCGUCGGCACUAAACAAGAAAAGGACACCUGGUUGUAUCACCUGACCGUGGCGGCGGGUAGUUCUGCCAGCCUGAGGGUAGGCACAGAGUUUGAGCAGCUGAUCGGCAAACUGCUUGAUGUGGAUGGCGUCUCAGACUCGGCUCUGUGGAAGCGUGAAGUGCUGUGCUUUAGUAAGGAGGGUCUGCGGUACCCACUCACCACACUGCCCUCCGAGGCACUUCAAACCGAAGCUAUCAAGCUCUUUAAGUCAUGUCAGCUGUUCAUCAAUGUGCUGGUGGAGUCUCCUUCAAUUGACUACCACACCUCGCUGGCCCAGAAUGCACUGCAGGUGUGCUUGACCCAUCCAGAGCUGCAGAAUGAGAUGUACUGUCAGCUGAUCAAGCAGACCAACUGCAGAACUCCUCACAACUACGCCCUCACACAGUGCUGGCAGCUGUUGUCCUUGUGCGUAGCUCUUUUCCUGCCGCAGCAUCAUUUUCUGUGGUACCUGAGACAGUAUCUGCAGCGCAACGCAGAUCCCAGGACUGAAGUGGGGAAGUAUGCAGUGUAUUGCCAGCGCUCAGUAGAGAGAACUUUACAGAAUGGAGAGAGAGAAGCAAAGCCUUCACGCAUGGAAAUAUUGUCUAUACUGCUGAGAAACCCGUACCAUCACUCUCUGCCCUUCAGCAUCCCUGUACAUUUCAUGAACAACACUUAUGAGGUUGUAGGUUUUGAUGGCUCCACCACAGUGGAGGAGUUCCUGAACACAGUGAACCAGAGGACGGGCAUGAGGAAACCACAGAUUUCAGGCUUCGCUCUCUUCACUGACGACCCCUCCGGCAAAGACCUGGAGCACUGCCUGCAGCCCGCCAAUAAAAUUUGUGAUGUGAUCUCCAAAUGGGAACAGGCACUGAAGGAGCUUCAUCCUGGAAAAUAUGAAGGAACACGAACGGUCCGGCUCACCUAUAAAAGCAGGCUGUGUUUUCGAGCUCAGGCUAAGGGUGAGACUGAGCGAGAGCGCCUCCUGCUGGCCUAUCAAGUCAAUGACGAGGUACUGCAAGGGCACUUUCCUGUCAGUAAGGAGCUGGCUUUGGAGGUUGCAGCGCUCAUGGCACAGGUGGAGUAUGGUGAUCUAGAUCGUGCAGCAAUGUCUCCCGUUGGUUCUCCUCAACCGAAGACCCAACAGACUCUUCUGCAGGUACUGGAGCGCUUUUAUCCCAAACGCUACAAGCAGGAAUGCAGUGUGGAACAGCUCAGGGAGCUCGGUGAGCGUUUGGCCACUAAGUGGUCAGUUCUGCGUGGUUGCACGGCCUCUGAAUGUGUGAGGAUUUAUCUGACCGUGGCCCGCAAGUGGCCUCUGUUCGGGGCCAAGCUCUUCAAUGCCAAGCCGCUGCCUCCCUCUUCACUGGACCGAACUCAAGUGUGGCUGGCGGUCAAUGAGGACGGCCUGAGUGUCCUCGACUACACCAUGCACCCACUGGUCACAUAUCCAUACCAGUCGGUGAUCACGUUUGGAGGCUGCAAGGAGGAUUUCAUGCUGGUGGUCAGCCUGAUUAAAGACCAGGCUUUGGGCAAAAAGACUGUGGAUAAACUUCUAUUUGCAAUGGCUAAACCAAAGAUACUGGAACUGACACUCCUCAUUGCUAGUUAUAUCAACUACUGGACCUCUAGCUUACCAGGAGCCAGCAACCAGACUCAAAGUUCAACGCUCGGUGCUCAAGGAGACAAAAAGCUAUGGGACAUAGACAGCCGACACUUCCCUUCGAUGACAUACACUACCAAAGGCCCAACUCUUCUUUAA